AUGGGGCACCUUGAACCAAUAGAGAGCCGCAUUCAGCCCCACUUUGAUGAGCGCCUUUCCGCCUUUGGCAUAGUGCGGUCAGCUGGCACUGGUGCUUAUUGGCGAACGGUGGGUGCUGUGGAGCGUGCACGCGCGCGACUGGGCUCAGUGGCUUGCCAAGACGGCGUCAAGAGACGAAAACAUGCACUGCACUGUUAUUUGCUGGGCGAGAGUGACACUCUGUACUUCGUAGAGCGUGCUGGAAUGAAGUUCCUGAUCACUGCGUCAUUGCACGUCGGCAGGCCCCCGCCACUAUCCGUACGCCUUUCCGCUUUGGGCUGGUUGAGUCAUUUUUAUGCGUUUUGA